UAAUAUUCCGCGUGGCUCGUGCGUCUGUGGGUGUGUCCUGUCCUUAUUUUCGUCUGUUCCCCUCAUUCAGUCUGACAAGAAGUGGCCCGGACUGCCAUGUGGUCGCUCGAUGCUGUGUGCUUGAGGCAAAUGGAAAUGUUUGCCCUAAUACUCUGAGAGAGAGAGAGAGAGAGAGAGAGAGAGAGAGAGAGAGAGAGAGAGAGAGAGAGAGAGAGAGAGAGAGAGAGACUGUACUGCACGGCGUCUCUCAUUGCGUUGUUGGACAUCUGGAGGACGGUUAUUGCUCUGCUCCUUGCAAUAAUUCGGCGUGAUCGAGUCAUUCUUUCUUGCUUUCGUUUCGUAAUAAAGGAUUUCCAGGGAAUGGAGCCGAUAAGCGCGCCGCUUGCCUCGGGACCGGAUGCCAGCUCUCCGCAGCACUCUAAACGGGAUGUCUCUCCUUUCUCCGGCGGCGCAUCGCUGAAACCCAACCAAGUGAGCGAGACGUCUCUGUACGGUGUGCCCAUCGUGUCUCUGGUCAUAGACGGUCAGGAGCGGCUGUGUCUGGCCCAAAUCUCCAACACUCUCCUUAAGAGCUACAGCUACAACGAAAUUCACAACCGGCGCGUCGCUCUCGGUAUCACGUGCGUGCAGUGCACACCGGUUCAGUUGGAGAUCCUGAGGCGCGCCGGUGCCAUGCCCAUUUCCUCGCGCCGCUGCGGGAUGAUCACCAAACGGGAGGCAGAAAGGCUGUGCAAGUCGUUUCUGGGCGCUCACUCGCCGCCAAAGCUGCCGGAGAACUUCGCGUUCGACGUCUCGCACGAAUGCGCGUGGGGCUGCAGAGGCAACUUUAUCCCAGCCAGGUAUAACAGCUCACGCGCCAAGUGCAUCAAGUGCUCGUACUGCAGCAUGUACUUCUCUCCGAACAAGUUCAUAUUCCACUCCCACCGCACGCCCGAGUCCAAAUAUACACAGCCAGACGCAGCGAAUUUUAAUUCCUGGAGGCGCCACCUGAAACUUGCGGACAAGCACGUGCCCGAUGACAUCUCUCACGCUUGGGAGGACGUGAAGGCCAUGUUCAAUGGGGGUAGCAGGAAAAGGACGAUGCCCGGAAGCGGGUGCGAGAUGUCGCCUCUCAAAACACAAGGCCCGGGCCGUGUCAGGCAGGCCGCUUCUCCGGAAAUCCCGCACAAAACCCUACGCUGCGACGACGAGCGCGCGAAUCUUGGCCUACCCAAUGGCGCGCGCAAUUACCCGGUCAUUCCGGUGCCCAGCAAAAGCUUUGGCAUGCUUCAGAAAAUCCCACCGCCCCUCUUCCCUCAUCCGUACGGUUUCUCCCCGUUCGGUUUGUGCCAGAAGAAAGACGACGGCACGAACGAGCAAAACAAGACCGGCGUACCGGGUGUGUUUUGGGCAGGCACGAAGGACAGCCUGUAUCCGUCGUUCCCCAUGUUCUGGCCCACGACGGGCGCACUGCCCCUGCCGCCCUAUCCGCACGCACAGCAAAAACCGCACGAGCUCACCGGAAGCCGCCAGAGUGAGGCAGAUGUUGCCGAGCACGAGCGUUCAAGAAGCAUCACUCCCAGAGACACCGAGCGCUGCUCGAGCUCACAGUCGCUCGAGGACAAAUCCGCCGACGAGCUGAGGUCGACUGAGGGUCACGCGACAUCUCCGCCACGGAAGUCUAGCUACGUUUCCGCGUUCAGGCCCGUCAUAAAGGACGCAGAGAGCAUAGCCAAGCUCUACGGCAACCGGGACGCGUAUGCGGGGCCGCCCGCGGGUCACCUGUCCCCGGACUUUGUCAGCGAGACUUCAAGCUACAGGUCUGCUUCACCGGAAGCCGACAGCGGAGGAGAACCGGAAGUGGACGUGGAGUCCAACCGGGAGACACAUGAUGACGACGAGGAGUCCGUUCAGCUAUCUGUGGAGGACCGGCAGAGUCCAUUGAGGCAGAUCAUGUCCCGGGAGGGUCACGGAGAAGAAGUGAGGGAAAGCAGAGAGGAAGAGGAGGCGGAGGAGGAAGAAGAGGACAGACACGAGGACACGGAUGAAGACAGGCUGAGUGACAGAGCGCCGAAAUGUAACGACACUCCAACAUAUGAUGUGUGUGCUGCUGAAAAGGACGCAGGGCUUUCACUGAACUCUCCGCCUGUUCCCGGUCCUAAAUAUCCUCCAGUCCAGGAAUCACACAAUUCACACAGAUUCAGUCGUGCUGUUGUGCUCGAGGAUGAUUGGGAAUCGCAGAAAUCUCGUCACGACCAAGUGAGCGUUUCUAAAGAAACUGAGCUUGAAGGUGCAUCGAGGACUGAUGGCAGAUUGCAGUUAAUUGAAAAAGAUAUCGAGCACAUGGCGAAAGAGGAACUCCAAAAACAGCUGAUGGAGCAAAUGGAGCUUAGGAAGAAAAUGGAACGGGAGUUUCAAAACCUGAAAGAUAAUUUUCAGGACCAGAUGAAGAGGGAGCUAUCUUAUCGAGAGGAGAUGGUGCAGCAGCUGCAAAUAGUCAGAGACACUUUGUGCAACGAGUUGGAUCAAGAGAGAAAGGCUCGAUAUGCAAUUCAGCAGAAGCUAAAAGAAGCUCACGACGCUCUACACCACUUCUCCUGCAAGAUGCUCACUCCACGCCACUGCACAGGGACGUGCACAUUUAAACCGCCUCUACUGCCACCUUAAUCUGAAUCCCCACACUGGAGGACUACAAUGGAUUCUACACACAUGAAAACCAAAAGACCUCUUCAAUACAUGUUAAAAGCACUGAACUUUCCAAGGACUGAAAAUGUGCGACCUUCUCAAAAGAUCUAAUGGCGUCUCUUGAGUUCUGCUAAAAACAGAACUGAAAUGGACAUGGAUGUUUCUUCUCUGAAUCGAGCAAGCCAGCAGAACAAUGAGAUGAGACUGGAAUUGUUCUAAAUAUAUGUACAAUAGAAUACUAAUAUGAACUCGUUCAAAGCUUUUCUCUUUUUUUUUUUCUUCCUUAAAAAGCCACGAAUACAUAAAGUGGCACUGUGCAAUGAAUUGUGAAAUCUCACAGCAUUCUUAAAUGGUCACUACUUGUGUGUUUUUAUGUUGUAUUUAUUCCAAAUUGAUUCACUGAUGUGUUCUCCCAAAUGGAUUGUAUCUGUAUAAGCACUUUAAAUGAGAAAUGAUAAAGACCUACCUAUUCCAAAUUGAAUCUACCUUAAAUUAAAGAUGUUUACCAUGUUUGUGUAUACAGAAUAAAUCUGACCACGCAUUUAGUCCACCUUUCCCAGACACAUAGCUCAGACUUUGGGAAAAUGGUACUAAUCUACAUAUAUGUGAUUACUUGGCUGUGUACUAUGACUUUUGAAGUGUAUUUUCAAGAAUAAAAUGAUUUCUUUCUUCA